UAUAAUAUGAUACUAUCUACUAAAAAAGUAAAAACCGCAAAAUUAUUAAUUUCGUAUUUUCGUCACGAAAUAUAUCUGGUGACACUUUAAAAUUACGUAUACGUUUUACUUAGUUGUCUAAUAUUUUCUUUUCGUGUUUAAUGUUAUAAAAUAAUCGAUACCAAUUAACCAUUAAUGAACGAACUCCAAACCAUUUAGUAAUCAUGGGUUGUGCCUGUGAAAAACAACAUGUCACAAUACAAGAUAACAAAUAUUACGUGCAAGACCAAAUUGGACAAGGCUGUUAAAAGCUUCAAAUGCUAAUUGACCAACGUAAAUAAUACGGGACAACAACAAAGCUAUAUUUUUGCUUGACAUUUUAUAUCAUUGCAAUUUUCUUAAUGAAAUGUAAAAAUGGCUUUAGUUCAGUGUUUCUUGUAAAAAAUACUGAUAAUAGGAAAUUUGUAUUGAAAUGUAUUUUAUGCCAUGAUCAAAAAGACCGUGAAAAAGCUUGGAAUGAAGCCAAGGUCCAUCAGCUUUUACAAAGCAGCGGAAACAAAUAUAUUCUUAAUUUAAUUGGGUGUGAAAUGAUUGAAAAAUCAUUAGAAUUUUCAAAAAUACCAACAGAUACAUUUCUUAUGCUAUUACCUUAUUACAAAAAUGGAUCGUUACAUGACAAUUUAGUUAAACCUCAUUAUCAUAUGGAUUUGAAAUAUGUAUUAAAACAUUUUCAAUUGAUUUGUUUGAGUGUGAAAACAUUUCAUGAUCUAUCUUAUUCACAUAGAGAUAUAAAACCUGCUAAUAUAUUAUUUAAUGAUAAUUAUGAACCAGUGAUUAUUGACUUAGGAUCUUCUGCUCCAGCCAAAAUAACAGUGACCUCGAAAAAAGAAGCACAAGAACUUCUAGAUGAUGUGAAUGAAAGAUGUUCAAUGACAUACAGAGCUCCAGAAUUGUUUAAUAUUGAUAUUAAUUCUGUUAUUGAUGAACGAAUUGAUGUUUGGUCCUUAGGAUGCUUACUGUAUGCAAUGCUUUAUAAAAAGUCACCUUUUGACUUGGUAUAUGAACGUGGAGAUUCUGUGGCUCUGGCUGUGAUAAGUGGAAAAAUAUAUUUUCCACCAAAUUCUAAUGAAAGUGUCAACAGUUUAGUUAAGGUAAUGCUAACAGUAGAUCAUUCCAAAAGACCAUUUAUUGAUGAUAUAUUAGAAUCGGUUAAAGUUGUUGAUGAAUUAUUUGAUCAGGAUUUCAAUGAACAUACAAUUUUAAAAUCAAAUAUUUGUAACGUUUAAAAAUUAUAGUUAAUAUAUACACUUAAUAUCAUAAUAAAAUAAAUUGUUUAUACGGUAGUCCAGCGGUUCUUAAACUCUUGAUAAACACGGACCCCAUACCAAUUUUCUUUUGAAUACCUUUUUUUUUUACAAAAUAUCUCAUGUUAUUAUGAUAAAUAUUUUAAUACUUAUUUUAUAUUACAAAUCACAUAAAUAGAUGGGUACUUCAAUAACACAUUUAUAAUUAUUUUUAUUGCACAUAAUGUUUGAUAAAAAAUGUAAGUUUUAUUUUUACAUAGAUUUGCCGAGGACCACAGUUAAAAAACCGCUGGCGUAGUCUGUUAAUGUUACUAAUAUCGUUUAUAUUACAAUAGACAUUUAGCUAAAACAACGUUUUUUAACCAGAUACAUUUUAUUUUAUUAAA